AUGCCCGCCAUGCUGUGCAACGUCCGCGGCGGGUCGUGGGCGUGUAGCGACCACGAGAGGGCGUACCAUCACUGCGUGGUGCUGAACGGCGAGGGCGAGGCGAAAGUGGACCCGCUCACAAGUGUGGACGAGGUCACUCGGCUCGCGGCAGUAAUGGCGACCGUCAAGCGUGCCGCACACUCGGUGUCGCCUUCAGCCGCGACACAGCCCGGCCCGAGCCGCAGAGGCGGCUUCAACCUCCAUGUCCCCGUCUCGAUGUCCAACGAGCAGUGGUACGCGCGCGUCAAGCUGCAGUCAUUCGGCCCACGCACGCUGCACGAGCGGAUGAUGGCCAACGAGUGGGCGACGCUCGGCGUGCUCGGCGACAUGCUGCCCGAGUUUGUGCCCCGCGCGCUUAUGCCCAAGCAUCAGAGUGGCGACGAGCUGCUCUUCUUCAUACAGCGUGUCGAAGGGCGCUCGGUGCACGACUACACCACGCCGUUCACCACGGCGCAGUUCUCGCGCCUGAUAAACGACCUGGCGACGGUGUACAUCCGCCUCGCGAGCCGCAAGUUCACGGGCAUCGGCAGCUUGACUUCCACCGGCGCCGUCGGCCCACUGUCAGGUCCCGCAGGGACGACAGUCCGGCCAAUAUUCUUCUCGGCGCCGCGCGGACCGUUCGCCACAGCGAAGGAGCGGUACCUCGCGCAGAUUGACCACGUCCUCGAUCUGAUAGAGCGCGGCGCCUGGUCCCGCCAGGACGCGGUCGGCGCGUACCUCUUCCAUCUGGAGCUGCGGGCGCUGGUGGAGGGAUGUGCCGAGAUGGGUGAACUCGGCCCGACGUACCUCGCGCACGGGGACGACAGGGGGGACCAUAUCUUCAUCCGGCCGGACGGGGGGAUCGCGGGCGUGAUUGACUGGGAACUCGCAUACACCGCGCCGCUCGCCGAGGCAAUGUGCCCACGGUUUCUCAGCUCCUCGUCGUCCAACGCACCCUCGCCGCUCGAAGAGGCCCUCUGUGCUGCGCUUGUGUCGCGCGGCCACCCCGAGCUCGCGGCCGCGAUCCCACGCGGGCGGAAGCACCUCCGCCUCAACCUGCUCCUCGGGUCGGGGGUGCGCGAGCUCGACGCGCAGCGCGUAUGGCUCGUACGACACGCAUUUCUCGGCGACGCGGCGGGCCCACCGCACAAGAGUCUGCGCGAGUGGCUCCGAGAGGCACGGGAGACGUACGCUGCGCACGAGGGCCUGCAGCGCGUGAUGGCGACGGUCGACGCGCCGACUUCGCGCAGAGCACGGCUGUACCUCAUCGACCUUGAGCGGCGCGAGGUGCUCGCCCGGCGCCCCUCGCCCGCGUCCUCGCGCAGCUCGACACCUACGCUAGCUGCAGAAGAUGACAACGAAAAGGCCGACGACUGGGUAUUCGUCAUCACCCCGCCUGCUGAGGCGGCGCUCGAGAAGCCCAAGCCGCGGUCGUUGUUCAGAAAACUGUCCACCAAGGCGCUGGCCGGGUGGCGCGGCGCGACCAAGGUGGCCUCGUAG